AUGUCUAGGCCCGUUUUGCCUAGUACUUUCAUGCCUCAGAUCAUGCCCGGAUAUCCAAACCAAUACAGCGAAAAUAAUAAUGAUGAGUCUUACAAGAAUGCGAGUUGGCUAGAAAGGGCAGGGAGUGUAAAACGUGUGAGAAGACUCAGAAUAAGUUUUCCUCAAGCUGGGAGUAUAGAUAGCAUCCUCGACAAUAAUGAAGAGAGAUAUGUGAACUUGAAGAAGAAUACUUUAGAAAAAAUAAUUGAAGAAGAUGAAAGUGAAGUGAUGGUGGAGGAUACAAGAGAAGAAGCUCUAAAGAAGGACAGUAUGGAGCGACUUUCUAGAAUAAAAAUGGACAAGAGGCAUGAAGAAGAUCUACAGUUUGAACAAAAUAAGUAUUCUGGGUCUAAUUGGAAAGAGGGCGGAGAGGCGAUCGGGUUACUUUGGCCUAUACAUUUAGAGCAAAGAGAAGAAUUCACGCUGCUUGUGAUUGAUCCUCGCCCAUUUCAGCCUCAACCAUUUGGAAUAAACAAUAUUUGGAAGGACUUUGCCAUUGCAUACGCCGGUACACGUAAGUUAUAA